AUGUAUUUACUCUUAUUCUUAUAUACUCUUAAGCGGUAUAAUUCCAUAACUCAUGUUUCCAAUCCACGAAGCUCAGCAAGAAGCGUCUACAGAAAGCUUCACUUAACAACAAAAAAAAUACUGCUAUGAAUUCUCCGAUCAAUUACGCCAUCGAUGAUAAGGACCUAGACGACGACGCAUUAUGGGCCGUCAUCGAUUCCGCCGUCGCCGCCGCCGGAUCCUCCCGUACCUCCUCCUCCUCCUCCACCACCACGAUGGUCUCUAAGUACCGUAAACCUCUACCUUACAAUCACUCUCCAAUUAGACCAUUUGCUAUUUCAAAUCCUUCUCCACAAUCUACGGUUCCGAAAACUUCUAGAAACUUCCAGAAUUAUGACGGGGAGGUACUAAAUCAACGCCCGCAGAAAAUCUCCAGAUCAGAUAAUGCUAGCUGCGUUAGUCCGAAUCCGAUGGCAGUAGUAAAGCACGUGCAGCGCACGUCGUCUGUGACGAAUUAUGAUCAGAGCUAUAAUAGUCGGACUGGUUCGGAUUGUUCACCGGUGAAUGCGAUGAGUCAUGGACAAUGUGAGGAUAGAGAUGGAAUCACGAGGCAUAGUUUGGAGGGUAGAUUUCCGUCGGUUUCGCUAUUUAAGGAGUAUCAAAAUGCAGCGAUGGCGAUUCUUGAGAAAAGUGACUACACUAUGAUUUCUGGACAUCCCUUCAUCAGAAAAACUGGUUGGAGGAAGAUAUCCUUUUACUUCAACUUAUCGUAUGAAAUUAAAGACAAGACCAUCGAGUUUGAUGAGAACCGUAAUGUCUUGCGUGCUGAAUUUAUAGUCCGGGCACACAUGCAGGGUGGUAGGUUCUCAGAUGGAUGGGGUUCAUGUGAGCGCCGGGAGAAGAAGUUUCUAAAACCAAAUCAUGACAUUCCCAGUACAGCAGAAACUAGAGCCAAAAAUAAAGCAUGUCAGGACUUGCUUGGAAUUGGAGAAUAUCGACCUGGUGGGAGCCAGACUCCUAACUAGUAAAACAAUCAUAUAGUAAGUACUCCAUAACUUUCUCUUUAUCCAAGUCAUUUGUAGUUCCAUUAUCCAAGAUUGAGAGUAUUUGCUAUACGAAAACCCAUGGAAACAAUAUAGAAAGAAAUCGUAUUACUCUGUAGUACACUCCCAGUGUGCUUGUAACAUCUAAUGCAAACAUAUAGUGACAUGUAAUAUUUUUAGUAGUUUACCUAGUAUUCACAUAGUAUCUUAUUCGUCAUUUUUAUUACUACCCGACUGUUACUUCGA